AUGUCCAUUGGAUUUGAAUCAUCUUCGGCCAUCGCCGACAGUCCACCGCUGAUCUACGGUCUGGACAGCGAGUGCCGCUCACUCUGUGCUCAGUACAAUGAGAAUCUGCCCACCAGAUUCUUCGUGGGCACGCAAUCCCUGGAGUCGUCGGGCAACCAGGUGCACUUGUUGGAGUAUGUUGAAGAAAAUGAUUCACUGUCAAAGGCAGUCUUCAAGCACAAGGUUGGAGAGAUCUGGCACCUGAUCUCACCGAGUAAACAGCCGAAUCAACUCAUUUCCUGCUACUCAUCCCACCGCAAUAUGAACAAAGUGGAGAACCACUGUGCAAUAUGGCGCAUUCCAAUAGACACGUCAGUCAAUCUUGACGAAUCAGAUGAUGCACAGAUGCUUUCUGAUUUGAUCAAUAUUGCUGACUUUAACAAGGACGGGCUGGGAGCCGAUGAGCAGCUGGGAAAAGUGGCUCGACUAAAGCCGGACGAGGAGAAUGAGCUCAUAUUGCUGAUGGAGACAAAGUUGGUGCAUUUAGACCUUGAAACGAAGAAACCGGUGGCCUUCAUCAGCAGUGAGGGUCUGAGCAAGAACGUCAACCGCCUUACAAAACUGAGCACAUUCAGCUGGAGUCCACACUUCAAUGGCAAUGUCAUCUGUCUGGUAUCAAACAAUAAUAUUUACUCAAAGGACCUCCGAUCAUCAACCACCAGUUCCUGGAGCAUUCCACAGGCACACAGUCAGACCGUACGAGAUAUUGACUUUAACCCGAACUCGCAGUUCUACAUUGCAAGCUGUGGUGAUGACUGUGAAGUGAAGUUUUGGGACAUCCGCAAUACCUCUAAGCCGGCUUUGAAGAUGCUGCACCACUCGCAUUGGCUUUGGUCAGUGCGCUACAAUUCAUUCCACGAUCAUCUGGUGCUAACCUCGAGCAGUGACGGAAACGUGAACCUUCUGAGAGCGUCCACCAUUGCCUCUCAACCUUACGGCCACCUAAUUGAAGAUGAACUUGAUGAGGAGGACACGACGAUAAAAAAUAUGCUUGCCUCCAAAGAAAAGCAAAGCGACGGGCUGAUUUUAAAGUUUAAAGACCACGAAGAUAGUGUCUACGCUACUGAGUGGUCUCCCAAUGACCCGUGGAUUUUUGCCUCACUCAGCUACGAUGGACGUUUCAUCAUCAACAAAGUUCCAGAAAGCGAAAAGCUGUCGAUUCUCGGUUAA